UGCUGAAACCGAAGCCCGAUGAAGACGAGUGGGGCGCCGUGCCCUGGGUCCGAGCCGAAGUCCUGCAGCAUGAUAGGAUUCGUCGUGGAAGCCAUUACGUGCGGAGAUCAGAAAUCAGUCGGUAGAAUGGGCUCGCCUCUGUAUCUCGCCGUGUGCAUUGUUAUUUUGGCUGCCGUGCCAAAGCCCGUGAAGAGUACGGCCGAGGUGAUGAGCCAUGUCACUGCUCAUUUCGGAAAAUCCUUAGAAGAGUGCCGUGAGGAGUCGGGUCUUACUGCGGAAGUUUUGGAGGAGUUCCAACACUUUUGGAGCGAAGACUUCGAGGUUGUGCACCGGGAGUUGGGCUGUGCGCUCAUCUGCAUGUCCAACAAGUUCUCUCUCAUGCAGGACGAUGCCAGGAUGCAUCACGUCAAUAUGCACGAUUAUGUGAAGAGUUUCCCACAAGGCGACCUGCUCUCUGCAAAAAUGGUAGAAAUGAUCCACAACUGUGAAAAACAGUACGAUGACAUUACAGACGACUGCAAUCGCGUCGUUAAAGUGGCAGCCUGCUUCAAGGAGAGUUGUAAGAAAGCAGGCAUCGCGCCAGAAGUCGCCAUGAUAGAAGCUGUGAUGGAACAGUACUAACUUGAUAACGAGCAACAGUUUCAGAUAUCCCAACGAACAAAUGCGAGAGCGGACUACGAUAUUCCUAGCCAGUAAUAUAUCAGUAUAUGAUUUUAAUAAAUAUUAUAAUACGAA